UCGUCAGCUGCCCCUAUUGCUACCCUUCAAUUGGUCGCGCGUCCCCAAAAUGGCAGCUCCCGUUGCAUGCCCUGCUUCGGAAGAUAGAUAAGCACACCGAGUUGUCGGGUUAUCGUUUAUGCAUCUAGCUGGGUCUCAUUUGACUGAAAAUUUCGUGUCACUGGGCUUACUCUUGGAGUGUAUGAUUAUGACAAGUGAAAGACUGUCAGGGGUGGAACUUCUUUCAAGCUUUUCCCACAUGUGAGGAAAGAGAUGGUUUCAUCUGGAAAUGAUUGUAAUUUGGCUCAUCUGAAGACAUUAAAAACUGACCUACAGUUAAAACAGUUAACUGAAACCAUCGAAUCUACCAGUAACUUCUUUUCAUGCCUUAUUUCAUAUUUGUCAGUUUCGAUAGCACUUUUGAUACACCUUUAUACACCAUACAUUUGUUACUAAGUUGCUCCUUCAAGAUUUUCUGCUGGCAGUUUUUUCAACAACAUGCAAUUCUUUCACCAAACAAGCAGUUGCUUUUUACAGACUUUAGUGAAAAAAUACCGUGUCUUCUCUCCUAUGCCAAGGUUUCAAGAAUUGCCUAUUAACUUCGGACGUGCCAUUUUCGCCACCUCAUAUCGCAGUGCAGAACGGGAGGAUUCUAAGGUACAUGAGCCAGGAUCGUCCACGUGGUACUCUAGAAAAAGAGAUGAAAACAAAAGGAAGGAACGAACUAGAAAAGAUGGCUUUUUGCCACAAGCUUACAAUAUGUUUGCUGCUGGUGCAGCAAAAAAGAGAUCUGUAAUCUCUGGAGAGGAAGAACAACCAGUUAUUUCUACAAAGAAAGAGGUUCAUUUUCCUCCCCCAGAAAACCCCCUCAGUCUUGAGGAGUGGGAAGAGCUGAAAGGAAAAUAUGAUGGAUAUCAAAUAUUUGAAGUAUUUAUGUUGCUGCAGAUGAUUGAUUACAAUAGAUCCAUAGAUGUGGCUAAGUCUCUAUUAGCUGCAGUGGCUAAACGAGAUGGAGAUAUUCAUUAUAAAAUUUUGCUGCAAUACUUACACCUGUGUGUUUCUCAACAGCAAACGAAAGAGAUUUAUGAUAUGUUUGACAUUAUGAGAAUGAAAUUUAAGACUUUAGAAAAAUCAGCAUCUACUCUCCUUAUCAAAGGCCUUAGUAAUUCACCACAUUGGAGAGAUGCCUUGACAGUCCUACAGCAGAUUAAAAAACAAAAAGUUAUGACCCCUACAAGUAGGAAUUAUAGAGACUGCAUCAAGGCAGCCAUUAUGAACCAGGAAAUAAAUCUUGCAUGGAAGUUAUUUCAUGAGUUGCUAGCUGAAGGCUUGACGCCAACCAUGGAUACCCUACAGCUUUUCUUUGACACUGGCAAGAGUGUACAAAAUGAUCAUUGGACAAACGAACUUAUUUACAUCCUCAGAUAUUUAAGAGAUAAUCAAAUAUACCCUGGAGAAGAUCUUGUGCACAGCAUAAAGCAGUGGUUUGAAAGUGACCCAGGAGAGAAGUGGCAAGGAAAUAUAACUACCAUAAAAAAGAGUGGACAGUGUUUAUCUUGCAAUCAGACCUUAGAAAGUCUUCAGCUCACCCCAGAAGAAUACAACAUUCUCAAGGAAAAAAUAAUGAAGGAUGUGAUAGAAGGGGCUGAUACAUUUCGAAAAACUACUCCUGAAGAACUUGAACAAUUUCGGAAAUUUGUGGAUAGGCAUUCCCCUUUUGAUAUUGUGAUCGAUGGUCUUAACGUUGCCAAAACAUCUGUGAGGUUCAAUUCAUCUGAAAUACUGCUGGAAGUUGUCGACUGCUUGGCACAGCAGAAUUUGCGGUUGCUUGUGCUGGGGCGCAAACACAUGCUGUCGGGAACUUCUCAAUGGAAAAAAAAGAAUAUGGCUGCUAUGUCAAGAAAAGCAACCUUCUUCUUUACUGAAAAUGAGUCUGAGGAUGAUCCAUUCCUAAUCUAUGCUGCUCUACACUCUGGUAGACACUGCAAGUUUAUUACCAGAGAUCUGUUACGUGACCACAAGGCUUGUGUCUCUGAUUCCCUUAUUCAGCACCUGUUUUUUAAAUGGCAGCGUAGCCAUCAGAUGGUCCUUUCUGUAUACGUACCAAAAGAGAUUGUGCGCUUUGAGCCUGUAAUGACAUAUGAUACAAUUGUGCAGACUACAGGUGACUCGUGGCAUAUUCCCUAUGAUGAGAGACUGGAAGAAAGAACUUCUUAUGAAGUACCAACAAAAUGGCUUUGUCUUCGUAAAAAAUAAAAGAUGUAUCUUUUUCAGACUGAAUAUACCUGUAUUGUUUUUUUAAAAAAAAUCUCUAAUAAAGUAGAUUCUAGAUUAGG